AUGCCAUUGGACAGCGACCAUAAUCAUCAUUUGCAUCAUCAUCACCAUCAUGAUCAUAUAACAGGAUUAUCACCACACCAUCAUCACCAUAAUUUGUUGGAUAGUAACUGUGGCAACAACUCCGCCUUAACACUGACAGAACAUCAUCAUAACAUUGACCUGGUUACCACAUUGCGCAGUGAAUUAGCAGCAUUGUCCUACAAAAAAGAAAGACUGACAAGUGAGCUAGCCGAUGCCAAAACAAACCUCUGCGCCAAAGACAAUGAGUGUGAAAAUCUUAGGGCCCAAGCAGCUCGACAAUCUGCUCUUAUAUCAUCUCUGCAAAGUCGUAUGCAGGCUGCUGAAAACCGUGAGCAGUCAGUACAAUCACGUUGUGAUACAACCAUCCAAACAAUACAAAGAGAAAAACGAUCGGCGGAUGAGAGGAGUAAGGAGUUGUUGGCUAAAAUACAACAUCUUGAAAAUCAUUUGUCGAAUGAAGAAACCCAAAAGGACCAGACUCGUAAUCAGCUCAAUGAUUUCAUCAAGCGCUUAAGUAUUUGUUUUGGCAUGGAGGCUUGUGAAAAUGCCCAUUUAACCACAGACUGUGUACUCACCAGAGCUGAGGAGUUAAUGACGGAAUUGCAACGUAACAAAGCCAAAGUAAAUUCUACGUGCGACACUUUGAGUAGCUGUGAAAAUGAAUUACUAAAUUUAAAAUCACUAGCACAUAUAGAGAAACAACGAUUAUCGGCACAGUUGGAAAGUAGCAGCAAUCAUGAACAUGAACUGGAAGCCAGAUGCAGACAGUAUGAGAGAGAUUUACAAAUGCAAAGAGAUCGUUUAAGUGAAUCAGAAAUAAACUCAGAAAAAUUGAAGGACGAGUUAAGAGGUUUCGAAUCUAGAUGUCAUCGUCUACAGGCCAAUUUAGAUCGUGUACAAAAUGAUCGUUUACAAUUUCUUAGAUGCCUGGCAAAUCAUUUAGAUCUCUCCGAACCCUGCGAGACGUUGAUAAAAGAUAAAUUGCGUGAACUGUUGAGUGAAAACAAGAACAUGCAUGAGCAAAUUCACACUUUACGUGAUAAAAUCUCAUGUGAACAUGUCAAACUUAAAGAGACCCAAGAAACUACACAAUGUCGUUUGAGAAAUGAAGAAGCUCAAAAAUGUGAGCUAGAAGAACGUUUAGAAAAAUGUCACAUUGAGAUACACUCUCUACGUAAGGAUCAUAUGGGUCUGUCGGAAUAUUUACAACGUUUAGCUAGGGCUUUACAGUGUAGCGAAUGUUCUUCACCGCCUGCUUUGGGUAAUGAUACAAAUAUUAUGGCCGAGAGCCUUUUGGAAAAGGCAGAACGUUUGGGUACAGCCAUAGAAAAUCAUCAUCAUGAUGGCGUGGGUCAUCAUCACCACCAUCAACAUCAGCACCGUAGUCCUGAUAAGAGCUGCUGCGAUCAUUAUCAUCAUACUCAUAACAAAUUGAGAAGAGAAAGAUCUUGCCACGAUAUACCGCUAAAAGAGAACACCAGCAAUAUGUACAAUCUUCAAAGAAAAGUGCGCGUGUUAAAAGAACAGGUGCAGCGUAGAGAUUUACACUUGGAAUUACUUAAAAGAAAACUGGCCAUUAUAGAAGACGGAGCACGAGGUAAAUGUUUGCUACAGGGAGAACGUGAUGAGGCAAUGUGUCGAGCUAAAAAAGCAAAUAAAGUUAUUGAUAAACUAACGGCCCAAUUGGCUGACGCUCGCUCUCAAAUUAUCGAAGUAAAAGCACAAUUGGCGGAAGCAGUGGAAUAUAAAAUAACGGCAUUGGAAAGAGCUCGUAAAAUAGAUGACCUCACCACUCAGAUAUGUGAUUUGGAGGAAGAAAAAACUAGACUUUUGUCACAGCUAAGUGCUUUGAAAGAAAGACAUAAAUCUUCUAGCGAAUCCAAUCAAAAUAGAAGAUGUCGUGAUGAAACUUUGAUAAAUUCUCUGCGUGAUGAUUUAACACAUUUGCAAAAUCAACUCUCUGACGCCAAUCACCGCUUAUCGCAUUUACAAAAUUUCCGCACUUCAGUGGCCAGAACUUUGCAUUUGCGUGAUUUACCUGAAACGGAUUUAUUGCAACGUUUACAGGCUCUUUGUUCAGCACAUCAGGAAUUUACCAUGCUAUCAAAACGCUAUGAAACCGCUUCCCCGGUGGGGGAUCAUCCUUGUCCUCGUUUUGAUGACCCCAUAUCAUCUUCUAAUCACUGUCGCCCACCUAGAUAUUCCAUAACACCAGAGCCAAUUCCUUUGCCUGCUAAUAAUCAUGACCAUAAUCGUAGUCACAACCAUAAUAUAAGACAUAAUCAUAUUCAUAGUGGCCACGGUCAUGAUCAUCCUCAUCGUUACCAUUAA